UAGUGUCAGGUCCGGCGAGGCAGUGGCUUCCUUGUGAGGGGCGUGGCUACGUGACAUUUCCUGUUGCACGGCUGACCCCGUUUGUCCUUCCAGCAGCGGCUGCCGGUGAGAUCAUCAUGGUGCUGGAGAUGGAGAAGGUGUUUGCUGGGGAGCCUGAGGAGGAGGAAGAGGAGGAGGAAGAAAUGGUGGACCCCCUAACCGUAGUCAGAGAGCACUGUGAAAAGAGCGAGGGUUGUGUGAAGGCACGCGAGGUGCUGGAACUCUGUGAGACCCGGGUGAACUCCCGCUCACACACAGAAGAGGAGUGCACAGAAGAACUCUUUGACUUCCUACAUGCCAGGGACCACUGUGUGGCUCAUAAACUCUUCAAACAGCUGAAGUAGAUUUGGAGUCUCCCCCGUUCCUGUCUGGCUUCUGCAAAUCAUCCUAUGGAUUGUAUCUCCUGACUGUGCUGUCCGCGCAUUAUCCUGUGUUCUCCGCAGAGGGGACGUUGACCGCUCAGUAUCUUCAGUUCUCAUCAAUAAAUAUGUGGCGUGUUUACUUGAAA